UGCUGCUGCUGCUGCUGCUGCUGCUGCUGCUGCUGCUGCUGCUGAAGCGUAAGUCACAAUCAACCCAGCUGUGCCUGGAGAAAGAGCAGUGGAUAAUAAUCAACAAAACAUUUUGGCAGAGCAUGUUUGUGCCAAGGCUAUAGGAGAACACUGCCUCCUACACAAGACUGUUUUCUCUGACUUUCAUUCCUUUCCUCCACAGCGACGGAAGAUUAGGCAACGGGGGUUAAAAGAGGCAUGAAACUACGAGUAGAGCAACAAAGAGGGGUGAACGCAAACUCCAGAAAAGGAAGCCACAAGCACCAUGGAUUUACUUCAAAACAUUUGGUGGCCGACAUCUGUGUGCCUCCCAGCGCUCAUUCAUCCUCCUCAUGACAAAUCCCUUUAGCUGCCUGGGGCUGCAGAAAAAACCCAUUGUGCUUCAAAGUGCUGAGGGCUGAUGUUGUGACACAGAGAGAGCAAUUUUCAUGCAGUUUGACGGAAGGACACAUCUUUUAUUCUCCUGGCUUCUCUGGACAAAAGCACAUGUGAAAGGUCUCUCUCUCUCUCUCUCUCUCUACAACCUUGCUUUGGCUGAAAUUUAGCAAAUGAAAUGAACAGCACUCUGUAAAACCUCAGGAUCUCACCCACUUCUCCACGUUGCCAUUUUAUCUCCUAACUUCCUAUGACUGUGAACUUUGAACAUUGUUCUGGCUCGUUCACAGACACGCCCCCUCGAUACUCCACUUCAAUCUACUUUCCUCCGUCUUUCAAGUCUUAUCUUUUUAUCCCUUUUGUUUCUUCCGUUAUUUUCCCAUCCAUUUAAGAAAUAUCCUUCCGUCCUCCACAGCUUUAGAGCAGACGUGGCUUAGUGCACGCAUACACACUCCCUCUCCCUUACUUUUCAUUCUUUGUCACUAACACCCCUCUUCUCGUGGCACUCAUUCUCUCACCAUCUGCACUCUCAUUCCAACAGAAGUGUCAGAAUGCAUGCCUCUGACGACCUGUGGAACUCCACCGAGGAAGUCUUGAUCAAUGGCUCGCAGGUGACAAACUCAUCUCUGGGAAGACGUGUGGACAGUGACGUGGAGGACGACGGGGAUAAGCACCCCUUUCUCACUGAUGCCUGGCUGGUGCCUCUCUUCUUCUCCCUUAUUAUGCUGGUUGGACUCGUGGGCAAUUCCUUGGUUAUUUAUGUCAUUUCCAAACACAGGCAGAUGAGGACUGCCACAAAUUUCUACAUCGCAAAUCUGGCGGCCACUGACAUCAUCUUCUUGGUGUGCUGCGUCCCCUUCACUGCCACCUUGUAUCCACUUCCUGGAUGGAUCUUCGGAAACUUCAUGUGCAAAUUUGUUGCAUUUCUACAACAGGUGACAGUCCAGGCUACCUGCAUCACUCUGACUGCCAUGAGUGGAGACCGCUGUUAUGUCACGGUGUACCCUCUGAAAUCUCUUCGGCACCGAACGCCCAGGGUAGCCAUGAUUGUCAGCGUCUGCAUUUGGAUCGGCUCCUUCAUCCUGUCUACGCCGAUUUUAAUGUACCAGCGUAUAGAGGAAGGAUACUGGUAUGGCCCGCGACAAUACUGCAUGGAGAGAUUUCCCUCUAAAAUGCAUGAAAGAGCUUUCAUCCUCUACCAGUUCAUUGCUGCCUACCUGCUGCCUGUCCUCACCAUCUCCUUCUGCUACAGCCUGAUGGUGAAGAGGGUCGGGCAGCCCACCGUGGAGCCCAUGGACAACAACUACCAGGUCAACCUCCUGUCUGAAAGAACCAUAAGUAUCCGGAGCAAAGUGUCCAAAAUGGUAGUUGUGAUCGUCCUCCUCUUUGCUAUCUGCUGGGGCCCCAUCCAGAUCUUUGUCCUCUUUCAGUCCUUUCAUCCCAAAUACCAACCCAACUACGUCACCUACAAGAUCAAGACGUGGGCCAACUGCAUGUCUUACGCCAACUCCUCAGUCAAUCCCAUAGUUUACGGCUUCAUGGGAGCCAGCUUUCAGAAGUCCUUCAGGAAAACCUUCCCCUUUCUGUUCAAACACAAAGUCAGGGACAGCAGCAUGGCUUCGAGGACCGCCAACGCUGAGAUCAAGUUUGUUGCAGGGGAGGAAGGCAACAAUAAUAAUAACGGAGUUGACUGAACACAAUAUACAGGAGCAGAAAUAUCUGACUCUCCCUGUUGGAUAUGAUAAAUUGUUAAUAGCUGAUUUUACCGGGAAUUUCACCGAUACAUUUUAUGAAUGUUUAUCAAUACACUAUGUGUAUAGAAUGUGGGUAAGAACAAUUUGCUCCCCCUGUCAUUGUGAAGGAAAGCUGCUGCUGGCAUGUAUCGCCCACAGAGACAUGCAGGACUCCAGCUGAAAAACAGCGGCCAGACAUUACUGUUUGUUUCAAAAGGAAAUGUGUGUAAAUUAAGGAGGGAGAGCCAGUGGUAAUGGACAAUAAAUUAGACAAAAUGGAGGCUUUGAAUGGGUAAUUAACAUAGUGCGUUAAAUGACUAACACAAAAAAUGUUUUGACAUUCAUGUCAAUCACUCAAAAUUGAGUUUACAUAAGAGGUUUUUAGGCUUAGUCAUUUUGGAAAAAGAAUGCUGGAUAAAAAA